AUGUGGGUCGGCGAUGUCCCCUUCGAUCUAGCGGUGUUGACGCUGCCCGAGCGGCUACUCAUCGGCAUCUACUUCCCGGCAGCCUACGUCGUCAAGCUCUUUCCUAAGAAGCACGGUGGUGACUCUUGGGAUCAGGACGGUAUGAACAAGGGGAUGAGAGGAAACGUCUCAACAUAUCGGCUUCCUCCUGAUGCCGUUGCCGACAUGGUUGAAGGCAAUCUUAUGCCACGACCUGUUGCACUCCUGCCUUCUGUUCUCUCGGUCACCUUCGUUGGUGCUCGGAACGUCCCUUUAUUCAUUCUCCCCGAUAUUUUCGAGGUCAAUCGCGUACGAGUACAUCGCGCUCUACUAUGGCUCAAGCACAACAACAAGCUGUACUUUGACAUCGAAAUUUCUCAAGAACGCCUGGAACAACUCCCGCAGCAUGGCAUACCUGACGAGCUGACCACUACUGCGCGAUAUUCAGAAGACGAAUUGCUUCCUUUCCGUGAACACGCGGGCUACGUCCCUUCCGACGAUACUGAAGACACUGAAAUAAACGAAGCAGAAGAACGAGACUUCGAACGGCAUAAGGGCAAGUAUUUAUUGCCCACAAACCCCUUAACUAACGAAGAGAACGACGAUGCAGAACAUUAUGGUCCAGCGGUUAUUCCUCUUCAACCGCAUGGAGCUGUGGAUGUAGCUGGGGAUUCAUUGGAUGACCAGCGGUUGUUUGAAGCCGCUGCGCGAAACCUCGUACCCGAACCUCAGCGGAAAUAUGCCGUCAAGCAUGGGAGUGAGUUUGUCAACGAAUACCCUAGAAAAGAGAAAGGCAAGAGAACGGAUGGUGGUGCAUCGAAUCCCAAUCAUCUGUUGGGAGCCUUUCCGUGCUUGUUCCCUUAUGGUUUCGGCGGCCUAGAGGUCGAUCGGGAACAAGCAGUGUCGUACGAAAGUCAUAUUCGUUGGGCGCUUCAAUACGAGGACGGCCGCUUUCGCAAAGACUUCUACUUCAUGUUCCAAGCAAUGGGAGUUUUAGUCAAACGACAAAUGUGUCGUUCCGCUUGCUUGCAGCUCGACUUCAACACAUACGCCCAAAAUCAAGCUGCAUUCCAAAGAUUGACCGCCAAGGAUUUCCUCAAGGCUAGUGAAGAGGAGAAACGAAAACAGCCUAUCAGCAACGUCACGAUUAAGGCCUUUCGCAAACAGAUAACUGCUCCAUACGCGCUCAAGUGUGGGGCAUGA